CAUUAUAUGUUAAGAGACCAAAAUCGGGAGCUCUUGUGUUUGAAAAAGUCAGUUGAGUUCUAGAGUUUGCAGUGUCCGUGUCUUUGGUGAAGACUAAGCUAAAACAGUGUUAGCAAUACUUUAUAAUUAUAACUAACAGUUUAGUCAAACAACAAAUCAAAUCAAAUCAAUAUGUGCGACGACGAAGUGACCGCUCUUGUUGUAGACAAUGGUUCCGGAAUGUGCAAAGCAGGCUUUGCUGGUGAUGACGCUCCCCGAGCUGUCUUCCCAUCCAUUGUUGGCCGACCCAGACAUCAGGGAGUUAUGGUGGGUAUGGGUAACAAGGACUCGUAUGUUGGAGACGAAGCCCAGAGCAAAAGAGGUAUCCUUACCCUGAAAUACCCCAUUGAACAUGGUAUCGUUACCAAUUGGGAUGACAUGGAAAAGAUCUGGCAUCACACCUUCUACAAUGAGCUCCGUAUUGCCCCAGAAGAGAGUCCUGUCCUCUUGACUGAAGCCCCCCUUAAUCCCAAAGCUAACAGAGAAAAGAUGACCCAAAUUAUGUUUGAGACCUUCAACAGCCCCGCCGUAUACGUUGCCAUUCAAGCCGUACUCUCCCUCUAUGCUUCUGGUCGUACAACUGGUAUUGUAUUGGACUCUGGAGAUGGUGUGUCUCACACUGUUCCCAUUUAUGAGGGAUAUGCUUUGCCUCAUGCAAUCUUGCGUCUGGAUAUGGCUGGCCGUGACUUAACUGACUACUUGAUGAAGAUCCUCACAGAACGCGGUUACUCUUUCGUCACAACAGCUGAGCGGGAGAUCGUUCGCGAUAUUAAGGAGAAGCUGUGCUACGUUGCCCUCGACUUUGAGAAUGAAAUGGCCACCGCUGCCACAUCUUCCAGUCUCGAGAAAUCAUAUGAAUUGCCCGACGGACAGGUCAUCACCAUUGGAGGCGAACGUUUCCGCGCACCCGAAGCUCUUUUCCAGCCUUCCUUCUUGGGUAUGGAAGCCUGUGGUAUCCAUGAGACGACAUACAAUUCAAUCAUGAAGUGCGACAUUGAUAUCCGUAAGGAUCUAUUUGCCAACACUGUCAUGUCUGGUGGUACCACUAUGUAUCCGGGUAUUGCUGACCGCAUGCAAAAGGAGAUCACUGCCCUGGCACCCGCCACCAUCAAGAUCAAGAUCAUCGCACCACCUGAAAGGAAAUACUCGGUUUGGAUCGGAGGCUCAAUCCUCGCCUCUCUGUCUACUUUCCAACAGAUGUGGAUCUCCAAGCAAGAGUACGACGAGGCCGGACCUGCUAUUGUUCACCGCAAAUGCUUUUAAGAUAUCUAAUCAAAACAAAUAUAACAACUACUAUAAAAUCUAUAAAAAUAUAUUUCAUUUUGAUUA